GCGUCGCGGAAGAUGUACACCCAUGUCCGACAGAACUUAAAGCUUCCGUUCAUAGUCGAGGGCACACUCUGGCGCCCGAGCGACUCGGCCAAGACACCAGACGGUGAAGCGACGCCACCGCCCCUCCCUACGAUGGGCGACGUGGUUGGCAUCGCGUAUGAUGCCAUUCGUCGCGGGUCUUUGUAUACGGUAGCGGUGGAGUGUAUCCGGGAUGUGGAGCAAGACAUGGGGAAGUACCCUCACUGCUUGGUCAAUUAUCCAACGUGCGCAUCGAGAAUAUGA